AUGGAGCCCUGCAUCGCCAACCUCCCCCUGUCCCCCGACCCCUUAUCCUCCUACCCGCGACACAGACCCGGCGGCCCUCACUACCCCGGCUUUCAGGUGCCUCCGUACCCGCUCAUGGGCAGGUGUAACAGCAGCACUCUGCUCACUAACCUGGGGCUGAGGCACUGCUCUGGCAGGCCGGGCCCUCCAGGGAUGGUGCCGGGUCAGGGGCUGGCUUCGGGCUCCUGCAUCCAAACAAGAAGCAACGGCAGCAGGCCUUACAGGAGUAUGGAGAACUUGAAUUGGAACACUGUGGCUGAUUCAGGUCUGUACACAUUCAAUCAUGCCCCCUACAGGAGUGUGGACAGCGAGUUUAUUUUGCGCUAUACCUCCACUAGCCACUGGUAUGAUGGGCCUCCAGAUGGAUCUUUGGUGGGGGCCCACGGACUGAUGCCCAACCCAGAGAGCCUGGCGUUCUACCCUCGACAUGGGCUCCCCAGGAAAGAUCUACCGCUCUUCCCUCAGUUUCUAUUCCCAGGGGGUGUCGACGAAUGGGAUGCAAGGAAAGGGUUGAGGGAAAAACUCCGCCUUCAGAGUGCGAGAUCAGCAGUCGAGCCUUUGAAGCCCCUCCCAUUGCGGCCUCAGGUGAACCCUGGUGCUACACCUACUGAACGGGAAGGGGUGCCUCAUGUGAAUUCGACAGGUGCUGGGACCAGACCACUGUGCCCAAUGCGCAUCAGCUGCCCUGAGGAGAUCAAGCAGGAGGUCCUUAGGCGCCUGCAGCUAAGGCGGCAGAACAGCAGCCCCAACCUGGCUCUCCAUAGCACCCCGUCCAGCCCGAAAGUGGUUAAGACAUCCUACACAACAGACAACAUUGCAGGGAACAGGAGUGGACCAGAUUCUUCACCCGAAUGCCGCAGACCUCCUAUAGGACGCCUGUAUAUCCCCACCUUUGAGGAGUUUAAGAAGAUGAGGCAGAAGGGGGAGCAGAACCAGGAGUCCACAGCAGGUUCUGUGGUAUCUGGUAGAGCUCAGGCACACCUGCCACAAGAAGCUUCAGACAAGUUACCCUCUGGUGCGACUGGCCCUCAGCAGAGAUCUAGUGGAGGAGAUUUGGAGGAGGUGGGAGGAGACAAGACCACAGGUGAAAGGACAGUGAGUACUGCUGAAGGCCUGCUGACCAAACCCAACUGUAACACUGUGAGCAAUAACGGUACUGCAGCUCCCACCUCCUCCUCCACCUCCACCUCCACCACCUCUGUUAUCACCACGUACUCGCCAAUCCGCACAGGCCCAUCUCCACGUCAACCCCUGCAGCCUCUGGCCAACUUGGCCCUGGAGAAAGCCCUCGCCGCAGGGGGAGAUGAAGGUAUCUGCAGGCGCAGGAGGAGCAGUCUGGAACCGACUGGAUCAGUUCCCUUUCCCUGCAGGGAGUACUGGGAACGUCCCUCCAGCUGCUGCCCAGCGCUGCUUUUGGAGGGGACGGACCUGUCCAGUUACGGAGCCAAGAUCUACAAGAUGAAGGAUGGCCUCAUUGGUUCUGCACUGGACCUCAUCAAGAAGAGCUGCAGUGCAGAGAUCUCCGCCGAGGCCCCCGUCAGGCUGUCAGGUGACCGGGACGGAGGCUGUGACAUCACCGCCCCCUCGACCGACUGUCAGCCCUCCGCCGUUGCCAUGGCAACUUCGGCAACGGCCUGCGGAGAUGAGGCUGGCGACGAGACGCCUGCAGGAGGAGGAGAAGGAGGAAGAGAGGAGGCAGCAGAAUGCCACGCUGGUCUGGGCUGCAGGCGCUCCAGCUCGGACGCAGCCUAUGAGCUGGUUGAGACGGUGAGGGCGCAGCGCGAGUGUCGCCUCCGGCCCCACUACAGCGACCCCAUGCCAGCCGACGCCUCCAAGCGCAAACAGCUGGAGAUGAAGAUCGCUGCCGCCGCCCGACUCCAUAGCCACCGCCGAGACAGAGACAGAGACCGAGACACAAUCCGUGGUCGCUCAGAGCCCCCGGGUGAGGAGCGCCAGGCGGGUCUGGGUGUGACCCGAUCCGGGCAGCAUCGCUGGAGCACAAUCAGCAGCCUGAGCGCUGACAGCGGCGUGGUGGGCCUCAGCGAUGAGCGGGAGGAGGAGGACAGCGAGCCCCGUCGUUACCGCCGCAACCGAGGAGCCGAGGUGGAGAGAGUGGACAGCGGUAUCGGCCCGGGCCUGUCCCGCACCUGGAAGAGACCGUCCGCCUCCCUCCGAGCAUGGGAGGCGCAGAGACCCUGUCCUGACUGCGGCCAGAGAGAUGGAGCAUCCAAGGAGCGAGGAGAGAGCAUGUGCGAACGCUGCUCCAAGCUGCGCACCGAGCGCAAGGAAGCCAUCCUGGAGUUUCUGAACACAGAGUCUAGCUACGGGGAAGAUCUGCGGAUCAUCAAGGAGGAGUUUUACUGCCCCAUGCAGAGCGCAGGACUGCUGACAGCUGAGCAGCUCACUGUGGUGUUUAGUAACGUUCAGGAACUCAUAGACGUUAACGACCGCUUCACUGAACACCUGCAGGACAGCAUUGACCAGGCCUUUGACCAGGGGGAUGAGGAUCUGCUGACUGUGUACAUUGGAGAGAUCUCUGAGUUUGUCAACAUGCUGCCCGCCUUCCAGACCUACUGCCUGCAGCAGUCCACCUCGGUCAACAUGCUCAACACGCUGGAGAAGGAGAAAGAACUGCUCAGAAUCUUCCUGGAUGUUUCCCAGAAUGACAACACAGCACUGCGUCGUAUGAACUUGCGCUCCUUCCUCAUGGCGCCCCUCCAGCGCGUGACGAAAUACCCGCUCCUGUUGAGCAGAAUCAUAAAGGUCACUCCCGAAUGUCACCCUGACUAUGCACGUCUCCGUGAGGCCAAGAGUCGUGUGGAAUCCCAUCUGGAGCACAUCAACAUGAAGACCAAACAGGAGGGCAACGGCGUCACCUGGUCUUUGCGCUCUUUCCGCCGAGACAGCCGCAAGAACCGGGAGGUCAUCAACAUCGAAAUGCGAGAGGUGUCGAUGAAGACUGUUGGUUGGGCGAGAGAACACACGCGUUUUGUCAUGGAAGGACCGCUCCAGUUGUCCCAACCAGCAGACGGUCAGUGGGUGAGGAAGGGCAGCAAGGCCCUAAAGUUCCAAAAUGUCCAGAGUCUGCUGAUGGUGAGGACACAGCGGCCCGGUGAAAACUCGGGACAGGGCACUGACCCAGGGGCCCGGAGUGAUGUGGUGGAGGGAGUUGGAGAAAACGUCCGAGAUGGAGUGCUGGUUCUAAUCAAGGACAAGAGCAGUGGCAAGUUCACAGUGCUGAGAGAGCCAAUCCGCUUGGGGAACUGCGUGGUAUCAACGGACCCCGAAUGCGAGGACACGUUCGAGGUGCUCGAUAUUCGGCGGGAGUCCUUUGUUUUUCGCGCCUCGGACAAAUCUCGCACCCAGCAGUGGUUCCAUCAGAUAAAGAGAUACACUCGAGACUUGGGCACUUGGAGGAAAAGACGCAACGCUUUGCCCAACAUCAUGAUCAACACAAACCAAACCCGCUCCUGA